UUUAAUUAAAAUUUAAGUCACGGCGAACAAGCCAGACUUGGAUACGUGUAAAACGGGAAACGAGGCCAGCCAUUGUGUAUAUGGGCUGGGCUGAGACUGGGCCAAAUUACGGGCCAGGGAUAAAUGAUUUCAAUCAGGCCCAUUAGCCAAAUUAAGGCAAUUAUUUAAUUUAAUUUAAAUUUGAACUAAUAAUAAUGUUAUUAAAAUAAGGUGGUGGACAGCAGGACAGGGGAUACGGGCAAAGCAGCGCGCCAAUGUCGCUUCCCUCUGGUCUGAGCUCCAAAACCAUCUCUCUCUCUCUGUGUUCCAUAUCGAGAUUCAACAUUCCCAGGUACUCGCCCAAUUUGCUUCGAAAUCAUGAGCAUUAUUUUUCUUGGAUCAGGAAAGAUUGGUAGAGGUUCGAACUUUGUUGGUCGCGGUCUCUAAGAUCUAAGGAACAAGGGUUGAUUGUGGGCAUGAUAGGUUCUUUUUGUUCUCGAUUCAGAAGAUUUUUUCUCGGUAUUUGAUGGUAGGCCAAAACAGAUUAGAUUGGCAUCUAUGAAGACUCCGCGGAUGGUUGUCACGAUUAAGCUUCUUGGGCGGCCGCUUCCGAAGCUUUGUUGCAGAUGGAAUGGCAGAUCUUGUUAGUUAUGGAAAUCCUGAGCGUGACAUCGAACAGGCACUUAUUGUUUUGAAAAGAGGUACCCAGUUAAUUAAGUACAGCAGGAAGGGAAAGCCUAAGUUCUGUCCAUUCAGAAUUUCCCCAGAUGAAACAACACUGAUCUGGUACUCUAACGGACAUGAAAGGAAUCUGAAAUUAUCUUCUGUUUCCCGGAUUAUACCUGGACAAAGAACUGCUGUUUUUAGGAGAUUUUUGCGUCCUGAAAAAGAAUAUUUGUCCUUUUCACUUCUAUAUAACAACGGAGAAAGAACACUUGAUCUGAUCUGCAAGGAUAAAGUUGAGGCAGCAGUGUGGCUUGCAGGCCUGAAGGCUUUGACUUCUACUGCUUUAAAUUGCAGAAGACGUACUCAAAGUGAUAUUUCUGAUAUAAAUGCUGGUGCUGGUGGUUUUGUUGGUGCACCACUAGAGCUCACUUCAGGUAUUGCCCGUGAUAGGGUGUCUGUUGAUUCAAUUUCUUGCGAGGCUUAUUUUCAUUUGCAAGCCUCGGAUGUGGGGUCUGAACAUGCAAAUAUGCAUGUAAGGACAAGCAUUGGAGAUGGUUUCCGUAUUAGUGUUUCAAGCACACCCAGUACUUCAAGUCAAGGUUCUGGACCAGAUGACAUAGAGUCAUUGGGUGAUGUUUAUGUCUGGGGUGAGGUUUGGUGUGAUACGACUGAUGAAUCUAUGCCUUCGUAUCCUACAAAAACUGAUGUGCUGAUUCCCAAACCUUUAGAAUCAAAUGUAGUUCUUGAUGUUCACCAAAUUGCUUGUGGUUUUCGACAUUUGGCUCUCGUCACAAGGCAGGGUGAAGUUUUCACAUGGGGAGAGGAAUCUGGGGGAAGGCUUGGUCAUGGUAUUGAAAAAGAUUUCAGUCGCCCUCGUCUUGUUGAAUUUCUAGCAGUUACUAACAUAGAACUUGUUGCAUGUGGUGAAUAUCACUCAUGUGCUCUAUCUCUCUCUGGUGAUUUAUAUACAUGGGGAGAUGGAGCCCAUAAUGUUGGACUUCUUGGUCAUGGAACAAAUGUCAGCCACUGGAUACCAAAAAGAGUCUCUGGUCUUCUGGAGGGACUUCAGGUCCUAUCUGUUGCGUGUGGCACUUGGCAUUCAGCAGUGGUAACUACUGAAGGGAAGCUAUUUACGUUUGGUGAUGGAACAUUUGGGGCCUUGGGUCAUGGUGAUCGAGAAAGUGUCCCUUAUCCAAGGGAAGUUCAUUCAUUGAGUGGACUAAGAACUAUGAAGGUUGCAUGUGGUGUUUGGCACACAGCAGCCAUUAUAGAAGUUAUGAGCCAGUCGGGUGUGGAUGUUUUGUCUCGAAAGUUGUUCACCUGGGGUGAUGGUGAUAAAAACAGAUUGGGUCAUGGAAACAAGAAAACCUAUCUGCACCCAACCUGUGUCCCUUCACUUAUUGAAUACAACUUCCAUCAGAUUGCAUGUGGACAUUGUAUUACCGUUGCCCUUACUACAUCAGGGCAUGUCUUCACCAUGGGCAGUACUGCAUAUGGUCAAUUGGGAAAUCCAGAGUCUGAUGGAAGGUUGCCUUGCUUAGUACAAGAUAGAUUGGUUGGUGAGUUUGUUGAAGAAAUAUCAUGUGGUGCAUAUCACGUUGCUGUCCUGACAUCAAGAAGUGAGGUAUUUACUUGGGGGAAAGGUGCCAACGGAAGAUUAGGACAUGGGGACACAGAAGAUCGGAAGAGUCCAACUUUGGUUGAAGCACUGAAAGAUAGGCACGUGAAAAAUAUAUCUUGUGGCUCAAAUUACAGUGCAAGUAUAUGCAUUCACAAGUGGGUAUCAGGGGUAGACCAAUCAGUUUGCUUUGGUUGCCGGCAAGCAUUUGGUUUCACUAGAAAGAGGCACAACUGUUACAACUGUGGUUUGGUGCAUUGCCAUGCUUGUAGCUCCAAAAAAGCUUUGAGAGCUGCUCUUGCUCCAACUCCAGGCAAACCUCACCGUGUCUGUGACUCUUGCUAUGUUAAACUAAAAUCAGCUGGUAAUACCACUAGUAGGAGAAUUACUGCUCCUCAUCACCCAUUAGAUGUUAGAGAAAUGUACAACAAGAGAGAGUCAAAAACAUCAAGGCUUUUGCUCCCUCCUUCUGCUGAACCACUCAAAGACAUUCACAUCAAGUUGGCACAGCCUGGGCCCAAGCCUGAUCCUCAUGCUCUUGUCCGAGCUCCCCAACCUCCCCAAGCUCCUUCACUUUUACAAUUUGCAGAUAUUGCAUUCCCAAGUUCACUGACUGCUCUUCAAUAUGCUUUUAAUUAUAAGCCUGCCAUGGGAAUCACACCUCAACCUCAGCCUCAGCCUCAGCCUCUGCCACAGCCUCAUACUCAGACAGUUUCCAAUUCAAGACCUUCUUCGCCAUACUCAAGGAGACCAAGUCCUCCACGGUCUGUCUCUCCUGCUUUCUCUAGGGGUGUAAUUGAUAGUCUUAAGAAGACAAAUGACCUUUUGAGCCAAGAAGUAUCAAGAAUGCAGAACCAGAUUAAAAGUUUGAAGCAAAAAACUGAAGGUCAAGAUGCUGAGAUUCAGAAACUCAAUGGAACUGCUGAAGAAGCUACUUUCUUGGCUGCACAAGCAUCUUCCAAAUCUACAGUCGCAAAGGAAGUCAUCAAGUCUGUCAUGGCAGAGUUGGAGGAAAUGAAAGAGAAGUUGCCUGCCGAGAUGUUGAACAGCGAAGAAUUUAAAGCGAUGAAUGCUCAAGUUGAAGGUUUUUUUAGUACAGGUGGUGCUCCAGUGGUUGAAUCUCAGUCUUCCUUGCCUGCAGACACUGUGUGUGACCGACAAAAUCAACCCGAACAAAGUACCUUGGUUGAGAAUUCUACUAAUAGGAAAUAUCGCAGGAUGUCAGCCAAUCUUGAUGGUGCAGACAUGAGAAGCCUAUUUCAGAAUGGUGAGGAUACUCAAAAGGACGGCAAUACCUCAUCUGAAAUUAGAGAAGCUGGAACUCUUGAAAGCAGUAAGAGUGGCUCGGUUUUACCCACAGCUCCAAAGCAUGAAGCAAAAAGAGAAGUAAUUGAGCAAUUUGAACCUGGUGUAUAUGUAACUCUAAUAAUCCAGAAUGGCACUAAGACCUUCAAGCGAGUCAGAUUCAGCAAAAGAAGGUUUGCAGAGCAGCAGGCAGAAGAAUGGUGGAAAGAAAACAAAGACAGGCUGCUUAAGAAGUAUGCCGUGCCCAUAGCAAAUAGUUCUUCAACUGAAUCGGCCUUAACUCAUCGUGUCCCUGCUGAGGAAAAUAAUGGGGUGACCCCUUCUUCUUAAACAUGGUUUUGUGGUGUAGAGUCCCCAAGAGUCGAAUACAAGAACUGGGUGAGUAGGAAUACUUCUAGCUCUUGAAUGACAUUCAUGUUUUCGGAAACAGCUUAGAUGACUGACAUCUGACUAGGACGGCAGAACAGGAUGAUUCUUAUAGCGACGAAGAUAAAUCUCUGUUUCCAACAAACCCCCCACCCCCCCCCCCCCCCCAAAAAAAAAAAAAAAGAUCAGAAGGCGAAGUUUUAUGCAACCAAUCCUCUCAUUCACUUGAUUCUUUACUCUUCUCUCGGUGCUACCUUGUACAGUAAGUGAAUUUGCUAGAACAAAACAUAUUGCCAUUUGUAGAGAAUCAUUUGUAGUGUUAGGCAAAUUUAUUUCUGUAUCUCUUGGUUUUGUGAGAUCGAUUCCGGGGCUCUCUGCUUGUCAGUAGAUCGAUACCAUACAUGUCGGAAUCUCAUCUCUUGUAAAACAAGAUUUCAGUCUCUGUGCUUUUGGGAGCUUGUUGGGUUUGCAGCAUUUGAUAAAGCUUCAUAAAAGGAUCACAGUUGCCAUUGCUGGCUGCAGAGAAUCCGAGAUGGAGGAUAGAUGAAUUGUUGAAAGAACUCAGCAACAUGAGGAGAGGAUUCAUCAACCACUUUCAUGUUCAAGAUUCAGUUUUCAAUUCGUUGUGUCCAAGCUUCUAGGGCUUGAAUUGGCAAUUGAUCAGUUUGGAACUUGCAGACUAAGGCUGCUGGAAAAAAAAUCUCAUAAUGUAAUUACACUGUGGACUAUAGUAAUACAAAUUGUAUUACAUGUUUGAUUUAAUGAGAUUUACGUUGUUGCUGGCUGGCA